GUGUGGAUUACUUUGCAUUGGACUGCGGCCUCUGCAUAGCCUCCCACGAACUGCCCAAAUCUCCAAACCUGCUCCGUUCACACGCGAGCCGCGGAAUUGGCGAUCGGCAGCCAACGAUCCCCGUCUCACCUCCGAAGUGCCCGCAACGCGCUACUCGGCGUACCACGUACCUACCUCCACGCUGGCCUUUGGCGCACACGAGCGAUGCAUAGACCCAGACGGAGAACGAGCUCACGGUGAAUGCUACAAAGCGCCCGCGUGUUAACAGGCACGACACCCAACAAGAGGAGUCAAGAUGAGCGGCAAGAACUGGUGGAACAGCGCCAUCUCCGGCCUGGAGUCGCGCCUCGACACCAUCUUGGCCGAGGAUGGCACCCCGAAGCCGGCAGACGCUGCCGCAAAGCCAGAUGGCAGCGAGCCGGCGGCCGUGGACAAGAAGCUGGCCGUGGAGCAGGGCGGGCUGUCGCGCAACUCUUCGCGCAGCCGACCGAGCUCGAGGCUGCAGGAGCGCCUGGCGAAAGCCGUGACCAAGGGCGCCGAGAACUCACGAACAUCGUCGGAUCUGGGGUCGCGGCCAGACAGUCCGGCGCUGCGGAGCCCCGGCAUCGUGGCGGGCGCGGACACGGGUCGAUCAAGCAUUGACUCGAAGGCGGAGGAUGCUGUGGAUGCGCCAACAGCUGCGGUCGAGGAAGAGACAGCCACGGCGGUGGACGAGCAUACGAACGACACCACGAAGCCCUCGAUUGAGCCACCAGCGCCUGCUGCAUCGCCCCCCGCAGCCUUACCUCCAACCCCGCCCGUCUCUGAACAACCAACGAGCGCACGCAUGCCUACCAUGACCAUACCAUCCAUAGUCACCCCGCAGACGAGCUCGCCGCGACAUUCCAUCGACAGCAGCCCCUCGCGACCCUCUGUCGACCUCUCUACGCCCGCCGAACCCGAGCUACCUUCCCCCCAAGACCCUGAUGUCCUCGCCACCGAGCUUUCGAGCUUACAGCAGGCGCACGAAGAGACUGUUCGCGCACACCGAGACGAGCUGAACUCGCACCUCGAGCGCAUCGAUGCCCUGCAGUCCAAGCUCACGUAUCUUUCCCAGCAGCUGGCCGCCUCGGCCAAGGCAGCCUCGGCAGAUUCGGAUGCGACGCCGCAGGACAAGAAGCUGGCAGAGAAGGAUGCUCAGAUUGCUGCGCUCAUGGCGGAAGGGCAGAAGCUGUCCAAGACGGAGAUGAAGCACAUGACGACCAUCAAGCAACUGCGCGCAAAGGGGCAAGAGCAGAACAAGGAGAUCACCACGCUGAAGCAGCGGCUGGCAAAGGCCGAGAAGAGCAUCACAGAACAGUCAGAACGGGCCAAACGCGCAGAAGCUAGCGAGAAGGCUGCGCAGGAGAAGCUGAAGAUCGUGGACAGGAUCGAGAAGGACAUCAACACCAUCAGAGCAGAGCGGGAAGAAGCCAAUCUGACAAUCACAGAACUUCGAAGACAGCUGACCGAAACACUGUCGCGAGCAGACGAUGCAGAGAAGCGGGUCAAGGCUGGAGCGCUGGAGGCCGAGAAGAGGGUCACCGCGUCGCUGCAGGAGGACCUCGAAAACCUGCGCAUCGAGAAGAAGAUCGCCGAGGACCGCGCAAAGAAGGAGAUCCAGGCGUCUCAAGAGCAGGCGAGGAGCAAGCAGGAGAAGGCAAACGUCACCGAGCUGGAGCUGCGCGGCGAGAUUGCUAACCUUGAAUCAAAACUCGAGCUCCUACGCAGCCGGUCUGAAGAAGCCACCUCAUCCGCGACCGGUGAUUCCCAGGCGAAGCUGCUGCGACAGAUCGAUACCCUCCAGACUCAGUACUCGCUUGCCUCGGAGAACUGGCAGGGCAUUGAGACUACUCUCACGUCUCGAGUAACGGCGCUCGAAAAAGACCGCGACGAGACAGCGAAGCGCGAGUCUGACAUCAGGCGCAAGGCGCGCGAGAUCAACUCCAAAGCUCGCCGUCUCGAAGACGAGCUGGACAGCAUCAACGAGCGAGCCAGGGCUCUUGAGCAGGAUCUCUCCGAGAAGCAAGCAGCUGCACAGAAACUGCAGAGUAGACUUACCGCGGCCGAGGCAGCAGCACAAGACGCGAAAGCCGAUCUCGAGCGCGAGAAGAAGGUCUGGGAAGCCGAGUCCCAGCAGCGACUUGAGGAGGAGAAGAGCAGGUGGCAGCUCGAGACACAGCAGCACAACCCCCUCUCCGUCUCGACCCACCUCCGCGCCGACUCACCCUCAAUCUCAAACCGGCAGCGCUCCCCCGAUCCCCUCGGCAUCUGGGACCGCCGUGCGCCCCGGUCGACAGCCGCUCGCAUGGACACGACGCUCUCGCCCAUCGACCGCAUGCUGGAAGACGCCCGGCGCCCGUCCAACCCGCGCCAGAAAUCCUCCCCCAACACACGCACCCCCGAAAUCGGCACCCCGCAGCGCCAGAACUCUAUUCCCUCCGGCCUGUCCAGCCUCAAUGGAUCUAACAUGCCGUACACGCCGUCCAUCCACACGGUCGACUACGACGAGCCGUUCGACAACAUGUCCAGCCCGCACCGCACCAUCAACGACAUGAUCUCCGUGUCCACGGUCGGCGCGGGCCCCAGCGUGCAGCUCGUCGAGCGCAUGAGCGCGGCGGUGCGCCGGCUCGAGUCGGAAAAGGCCACGCACAAGGAGGAGAUGGCGCGGCUGGCGGCGCAGCGCGACGAGGCGCGCGAAGAGGUCGUGGCGCUGAUGCGCGAGGUCGACGAGAAGCGCGGGCACAAGAAGCGCGUCGCCGAGCUCGACAGGGAGCUGGGCGAGGUGUCGGCGCGCUACGAGACGACGCUGGAGAUGCUGGGCGAGAAGACGGAGCGCGCCGAUGAGCUCGAGGCUGAUCUCGUCGAGGUCAAGAAAAUGUACCGCGAGCUGGUCAGCACCAUGGGGCGGGCGUGACGUGUUGUAUCUUCCUUCGAAUUGAGUCUAAACGAAUGCUAAACGCCGCUGAUGCUGGGUAUAUCACCACACACACACACACUACUCCAACUCAAUCCCCUCCCUCUCCGCGCCCCUGACCAAAAACUCCCUCGUCUUCGCAUCCGGCGCGUACUCCAACGCCGUCUUGCCCCACGCAUCCUUGACAUCCCACUCCGCCCCGCGCUGCAGCAACUCCAGCGCCGCGUCCCCCCGCCCCUCGCUCACCGCAUGGUGCAGCGCCGUCUGCCCGUCCCUAUCCGCCGCAUUCACCGGACUGCGCGCCUCAAG